AUGACUUUAAGAGAAAAUACUACAGAAUGCACUAGCAGGUCAGAGUGUGCUGUGUGCCUUCAACCCUAUGUCCAACCUGUGCGUCUUCCCUGCAAUCAUAUAUUUUGCUACCUUUGUGUUAAGGGAGUCACCCAGCAAAGCAAGAGAUGUGCUAUGUGCAGACAGGCAAUCCCUCUAAAUUAUCUGGACAACCCCCAAUUGAUUGCAGCACCCCAUCAAAACAUCACUUUUGAUGGUUCCUACCAGUGGUUUUAUGAGGGCAGGAAUGGAUGGUGGCAGUAUGAUGAUCGAACCAGUCUUGAAAUUGAAUCUGCUUACAGGAAGGGAGAGAAAUCUUGUGAAGUUCUGAUAGCUGGUUUCCUCUACAUCAUCGACUUCCAAGAAAAGCUGCAAGUCAGGAGGUGCGACCCUCAUCGUAGACGAAGGAUCAAGCGGGACUUGACCUCCAUACCCAAGAAGGGCGUGGCGGGAAUUAGGCUGCCUCAAGAGCUCCCAGAACCCUCUGCCCUCCCACUUGAAACAUUAAACAUUGAGGAUGAGACAGAGGAGGACUGUGUGCUAGUACAGGAGUGUCAGAACCAAUCCGAUGACAGCAGCUGAUCUAUGUAAUCUCUGUUUUAUUAUUUAAAUUAUUUCAGUCAUGUGUGCUUUAUUCAAAAAGAAGCUACAGACUUAAAAAAAAAAAAAGAGCUUCUAUGCUACAAUGAUUCAUAUUCGAGUCAAGAGUCAUGUUGCGAAGUUUGGAACAAGUUGUUCAAAUGAAAACUAAAAUUAUGUGUAUAAUAUAUGUGUUAAUAUUUUGUUGAAGAGGAAAUCAAACUGUCAAACUUGGUGAAAAUGCGAGACAAUUUCAGCUUUUUUGUCUUCAAAUGAUUGUUGGAAGCAAACAUUUUUAAACACAGUCAAAUUUAAUGAUGUAAAAAUAAUCAUAUAUGAAUUUCUCAACUUACACCAAUAGUGUGAAAUCUGUACUAUACUGAGUACUUAAUUCUAGGAAAUGCUGUAAGAAACUAAAUGGUGCUUCUAAACUUUAAGACAUAUAAACAUUAAUAAUGCUAUAUGAAUUCAUCUUACAAGAAAUUUAAAAACAAAAUUAACAUUUGAUGUAAAAAUAACAUUGAUGUAAAAAUAACA